AUGACGUUGGCCAACUACAAAUUCCCCACGGACCGCCUUCGCAAGGUCCUCAAAGAUGACUCCAAGACGCCCCUCGUGCUCGUCUCGUGUGGCUCCUUCUCUCCUCCGACGAACCUCCAUCUGCGCAUGUUCGAGCAGGCUUCCGACUACUGCGAGUUCCAAACCCAGUACGAGCUUAUCGGCGGCUUCUUCAGUCCCGUAGGCGAUGCGUACAAGAAGGCUGGCUUGGUCUCCGCGCAGCACCGGAUCAACAUGACAAAUAUCGCCGUCAGGGAGAGCUCAGAUUGGAUUGGGGUGGAUGCCUGGGAGCCACUGCAUAAGGAAUACCUGCCGACCGUCAAGGUCCUGGACCACUUCGACUACGAACUGAACGACGUUCUUGGUGGAAUAGAGACACAGACGGGGGAGAAGAAGCGCAUCCACGUUGCUCUGCUCGCCGGCGCCGAUCUCAUCCAAACUAUGAGCACGCCAGGACUCUGGGCGCAUGAGGACCUGGACAGGAUCCUUGGCCACUACGGUGCAUUCAUUCUCGAGCGCAGUGGCACAGAUAUUGACGAUGCGCUUGCCAGUCUCCAGCAGUGGAGAGACAACAUCAGAGUCAUCCAACAACUCAUCCAAAACGACGUGUCAUCCACCAAGAUCCGGCUCUUCCGCAAGCGAGGCAUGAGUAUUCGAUACCUCAUCCCCGACAAAGUCGUCGACUACAUCUACGAGCAUGAUCUCUACAUGGACGAUGAGAAGAAGUCGGAUAAAGGCAAGGAGAAGGCCGUAGAGAACUCGGCAUCGGCUGGCGCCUCAUGA